AGACGUAAAAACGAAGAUGAAUAGGAAUGAUACACUGACAGACAGCGGCCCGGUCGCGUGCGCUCCGUAUCACUGUGACAUCACGGUCUGUCUGCAUCUCUGCUGCGCCAAGCAGAAACGGACCGGAGACCGAAAGAAGGAAAGACACGGAUAAAAAUAGCUCACCGCCGAAUUUUCUUCACGAUUGAAAAUUAUAGAUGUGUGGAUUAGACUUGUAGUUACACUACAAAUUCGUCAUUAAUACACUUUCUAACGUAGUGUCGACUGUUUGCAUGUGUCCGGGAGGAUGGCGUCAUUGGAAUGUGCUGCGUCGAGUUCUGCAGGGGAAGCACCAGAGGAGCCCGGUCGACCAGCUCAGGAACCCAGCGUUGGUGAUCCGUGUCCUGGGAAGUCAUGUCCUACCAAGCCCCUCCCUGGAGGCCUCUGUCUGAAGGACCCCGGCAGUCAGCAGGCCUGUCCGGGGGAUCUGAGGGUUGUGCUGGUGGGGAAGACCGGCUCAGGUAGGAGCUCCACUGGAAACACCAUCCUUGGUAGGGAAGCUUUCCAGGUGGACUCCUCCCCCUGCUCCGUGACCUUGCGCUGUGAUAGGCUGACCGUCUCCGUUUGUGGGAGGAGCGUGUCUGUGGUCGACACACCAGGAUUCUUCAACACUCGCCUCUCCCUCCGGGAGGUGGCGUGCGAGGUGGGCCACUGUGUGCUCCUGUCCUCCCCAGGACCCCAUGCCCUGCUUCUCACCCUCCAGCCCGGCAGGUUCACCCCGGAGGAGAGAGAAGCCCUGCACUGGGUCCGGGCCGUGUUUGGACCUGCAGCCUCCAGGUACACCAUGGUUCUGUUCACCUGGGGAGACCAGGUGGGGGAAAGGAGCGUGGAGGACUACCUGGGGGCGAGCGAGGAACUCAGGGAGUUUGUGAGCGGUUGCCAGGGAGGAUAUCACGUGCUUGACAACAGCAGGAGAGGAGAAACAGAUGUCUCUCAGGUGGCCCAGCUGUUGGAGAAGAUCGACAAGAUGGUGGAGGGCAACGGCGGAGGGUGCUACACCUGCCACAUGUACCAGGAGGCAGAGAGAGCCAUCGGGGAGGCGCAGGAGAGGAUUCUGGGAGGAGAACGGCAGGCGGGUCUGGGGGAGGAAGAGGAGGCCGCCGGCAGGGAGGGCAGGAUCCCAGAGAUGUCAACAUUAAAGCUCCUGGGAAGCGAAACCCAGGGCAAGAGGGAGGAGGAGGAGAAGAGGAGCAAGAAGGAGGAGGAAGAGAAGAGGAGGAAAGCAGAAAAGCUUUUUUGGUGUGAGCUGGUGACUGCUCUGGGGAAGGGGGCGGCGGAGGGUGCGGGGGUGACAGAGAAGGGGAAGGGGAAGGCCUUGAAGAAGGUGAAGGUGGUGGAGAGGGCGGCGGCUUUGGCCACUUCACCGCUGUCAAUCACCUCAGCUGCCAAGGUGGUGAGCGGGGCGGUGAGAGAGGGCAGCAAAGUGCUGUACAAACACCGCAAGGCUCUGCUCCACUGACGAGGGGACACGCUCAUGCUACCUGGUCCCUUCAUGUGCUUGGACAUCGGGGGGGACAGGGGACCGAAGAGCAACAUGCUGUUUUGGUAUGAUGUGAAGUGGUUGUUGGUGGUUUUUACUCACUCACUAACUCACAUAUCUGUUAUUUACAGUUACAUUCAUUUGGAAGAUGCUUUUAUCCAAAGUGACAUAAACAGUAAAUAGUGCUAAUUAUACAAUAUCUACUGUUUAAGUACAGCACAUUGUCAAGAAUCAGAAGUGAACAUUUCUAACUGUAUUUCAGUGGUUAGUGUGUCAAGGAACAUACAAGAGUGCAACAAUAAGCUAAUCUCAACUACAGUAUAACAUGAUUCACCUACACUAUUCAUUUGUACCAUUGUUUCCAAAAUGUACAUUAUGGUGCCCUGAGCAUGAUUGAUUGUUAGUUGGCUGGCAUGCAAUCGAAGACAAGUAAAGCACUUUCAUGAAGCAUCAAGUGUUGACCUAAAGGUGUGAUGGUGUGUACACAAGAGUGUGUGUGUGUGUGUGUGCGCUCAGCAAAUUGUAGUGAAUGACUGCUGUUAAAAACCAGCCAUACACACAGUUAUCAUAAGGA